AAACAUUUUUUUUUAAAUUAUCUAUUUUGGUUCAUCCAACAGGGCCAUCAGCGCUAAUUACAGGAUGAUAAUGAGUGACAGUGACGAAAUUUUCAGUUUCAUAGGUAGUAGGGAAACAUCAGAACAAAUAUUCCAGGGAGACUCACGAAAUCAGGUAGGAACUGAAAAUCCAAUCAGCAUGCCAACCUGAGUGGAAUUUGAACCCUGUCGCAGAGGUGGACGACGAAAAAGGAGCCACAGUAUUGAUCUGACCCGCCUUACUCAGCCUGUUUUUCCAUUGCAUAGGUCUACAAAUUCAUUGCCUACAACCCACUGGCAGAUUGACUGCAUCAGCCAAAGUAACCGACAGCGUCGUUAAGUUACGAAAACUUUCCACGCUGCUACCUAUCGGUUACAAGUCAUUCGAUUUUGCGUGUGAAGUCUUUAUCCAGAACAACUGAAAGGUAACUCUGUGCCCGAUUCCCUUUUAAUAAUUGGUAAUUUCAAGCGGAAUGUUGUGUAUUUUACUAAACUGACGUGUACAUAACACUUUUUAAUCAGCAUAAGAUUGAUAUACAAUUAUGUUCACUCUGAAGAAUUACCCGGACUUGUUUUUCUAAUUCAACAUUUUUUGUUCACUAUAACGUUGUUUUUUCCCCUAUAAUGCCAUAAAAUAAAUUACCGACAUUCAAUUUGAAAUGUCUAUAUUUACCAGGCUUGUACUUUCUGUGUGUGUUACGUGACAAUGCGUACCCGUUUGAUUCAUGUUUUCCAAUCUGCAAUUAAUAUCUCCCGUUUUUUACAAUCAUCAGUCUAGCAUCGAAGUGCGAAGAAGUUACGCCCGUGCUUUUGAAAGUUAACAUGCACGUCAAUCUGUCAGUGAGUCAAAAUCAAGACAGUGAAUUUGUAUGCAUUGGGAAAACUCAGGACGUGAAUCCACUUGAUUUUUAGACAGAGUAAAUCAUGCCGGCAGACGGUCUACAAAAUCAUACAUAAAACAGCCGUCGACCGCAUGACUGAAUGGCAGGUCAGGUAUACACCCGGAAGUCUCACCGAUUGGCGCGUUCAGGAGGUGAUGUCAUUACUGUUCACCUAUAUUUGCUUUAUAGUUAUGACAAUGCAGAGAAUGAAGUCCCGCCUACUUCAGUAUACAGUUAUAAAUGGGACUGGGAUGCAUGAGCAGUCAUACCGAAGGGACAGAGGAAGGGGAACAUUUGAAGUAACAUCUGACAAUUUCUAAAAUCAAACCCGGGGGACUUGAGACGUUUGGCGGUGAGAGUAAAGAGAAACGAUCAGCGGAGAUGGCAAGUUGGAAGGCACAGUGUCUGAGGUUGGUCGUGGUGUUUGCGGCGUGUGUGGUGGCUGCCUAUGGAAGCACUGACAAAGACGUAAUUCCUCCCAAAUCGCACGACGUCCAAGACAUGAACAAAGUAAAGGCAUUUGAGUAUCUAAAAAAAUACGGUUAUCUGAGCAAGCGGCCUGCGAAGGAUGACGCCAGCGGCGUCCUGCCACCCGACAAAGCCGUCAAAGCCAUUAAGCGCCUCCAGAAAUUCGCCGGUCUGGCAGAGACGGGUGAGAUCGACUCGAGUACUCUGGAGUUGAUCGAAAGGCCGAGGUGUGGGGUCAAAGAUCCAGAGCUUACGAACGGCACCGAGGGGUUUAACUUAUCGGAGAGCAGGGAACGGAGUCGCCGCUACGUGGUGGCUGGUCCGCCUUACCAGUGGACCAAGCACGACCUAACCUACAAGGUCGUAAACUACCCUGGUCCGCCCUCUACGAUUACAGCUGGGGAGGUGGACGCCGACGUCAUACAAGCCUUCAAACUCUGGAGUGACGUCACCCCACUGACCUUCCGGUCGGUGGACGAUGAAAACGAGGCGGACAUCCGGCUGAUAUUCGGCAAGCGGUCCCACACCGAAGUGGAGGGUGACCCUCCGUUCGACGGCCCGGGAGGCACACUCGCUCAUGCGUUCUCGCCCAACAGUAACUGGGGCGCCACCGACGGUGACGCUCACUUUGACGAGGAUGAGACUUAUACCCACGGUGUUUAUAGAGGUGUGAGUUUCCUCUACACUGUCGCCCAUGAGAUUGGUCACACGCUGGGGCUCGAUCACUCCAACGUACCUAAUUCUUUGAUGUGGCCGUGGGGGAGGAGUUACACUUCAAACUUCGUGCUUCCUGAGGACGACAAAGCUGCAAUACAGUCAAUAUACGGAGCCAACCCGAAUCCGCCGACCCUGCCUCCAACCCCACCCACGCCUCCUCCUGCCUACUGCAUCACUUUCUUCAGCUCCCUGGUCCUCAUCCGCGGCCAGAUCUACGCAUUUUCUCACGACAAACUUUGGCGAUUUGACACUAACGGCAAUUUACUGUCAGAACAAGAGGGUGAGCUAUCUCGGACGUACUUCCCCAAACUUCCAAGAAGCGUUGCAGCUGGUUACGAGAGGUGGUACGACGGGAAAAUAUACUUCUUUAAAGGACGAAACCACUGGGUCUACACGUUUGUCCACGGUCCACCUCCACUCUUCAAGAUGUACGAUGUGGACCCCUCGAACCUGCCGAGCGAGCCCGAUUACCCCCGCCUGGCCAAGGAGCUGUCUCUUCCCAAGAAGGUCUCGGCGGCCCUGCACGUGGGUGACGAGGGCCGGACGUACAUCUUCAAGGGCAAGAUGGUUCGGAUCGUGGACGAGUAUGAAAACAACACCAUCGAGGAGACGAAGACACAUCUGGCCUUCCCUGGCGCGCAGUGGUUUCCGACAGGAGCUUUCUAUCAUGAUGGCUACGCAUAUCUCAUAUACAGUCACGGACAGGGAGCGGACUACUUUCGUUUUAAGUGGGACCAGACUAGGAAGGCCUUCGCAGGCAUGCCAGGAUACCCACGAAAUUUUUUCAAGGAUUUCCUGCACUGCCCUUAAAAACAGUAGGCCAUUGAUCCGCCCGGCUUGUACAGGCAACUGACCUGUACUAUACAAGAUUUCCUUCGAGUGCCACCAAUUUUUGAGGACAACGGGAACAAGAGGCGAGUUCUUGUAGAGGACUAUGGCAUUGUCCACGUUAAGACUUCGCAAACCCGUGAAUCCUUGGUCACACUUGAUUUCCGAUCCUACUUGGCAGGCCAGUUGACUUCCGAUUGCCCCAUGCUUUAUACAGAAGGGUACCAAUUUUCUCGCCAGUGAACGGAUGGAUUUGAGCAUUCGUCAGAAACUGGGGAUUAGAAUACAAUCUAAAUAGAACUUUGUUGUUUGCACGUCGUUCAUCCACCUCUAGGCCUAUGGGAAAUUUUUCAGUCCCGGUUCAUACCAAGCAAUGUUUUAAACCUUGAUUUGAAAAAGGUAUUGAGUAAACAGGAUAUGACAAUAACAUUCAACCGCAACCAAUGAUGUGCAGAUUUCAGUGCCUUGAUUUCUCUUCGGUGCUAAUAUUUGUACCCCGGCCUGCCCAUUUAGUCCGGAAGGUCUUGACUUGUUUUGCAAUUUUUAUUCAUUUUUUAAAGACCAAAAUCAGUCGAUGUAAAAAUACAAUUUGAGUGUUUUAAGCUUUGUCUUUCUAAAUAUGUACAUGUACAUAGCUAUGUGUUUUCGCUAUUUUUCCAUCGUUGAUCUCUUGUUCGUAGUUACCAUAUUCAGUAUUUAUUAUUUAUGUCUGUUACUACAAUAGAAAAAAACUGACGUUUUCAUCUGUCAACUGAAAUAGUAAUACAUAAUGUUCAUUCGGUUUCUUGUU